GUGUUUGCUCUAUAUUUUUCAUUAUUUUAAUUGUUUUUCAUUUCAUAAUAAUAUAUAAGUCAAUAAAAAAGGCCCCUAUUAAACUAGGAAAUUCCUUAACCAUUUCUAUGCCACGCACUUCGCAAUUAAUUAUGAUAUCAAACUCCACUUUGUCAUGGAUUAUCUAGGGAUAUACACUCAAUAGGCGCUUUUAAUCUGCCGCAUCGACUUUAAACACGCGUGCAAUUGCGACUUUCAGAUAAAUCUCCGACUGGGUCUUCCGACUCGCCGACGUUUGUCUAUUAAAAUUUUAUAGCUCCGCAGUUGGUGGCACAAAGCACUUGACUCAUGCAUCCACUUCCGUUUCUGACCGGACGCCGGGGAAGGGGCAAGGAAUCGGAUUCGGGUUUGUUGUGACAACAGUUCGUAGGCUAAGACAACAAGCCGAUCUGCGGGUGUCAUAACCACUCAUACCCGGGGUCCAGAUGUUGCGCACAAUUAUCAUAUCAGCAGCACAUCAUUUGCGACUAAGUGAAAUAGCAGAUUGGACUGGCACACUCUGCGCUCUCUUUAAAAAGCAGCUCCGCCGAAUCCGAGAUUUCAGUAAUAGUUUAGCCCUAGAAGCACAGAGAACCGCCAUGAAGAACUCCCACGCGAACGUCGAUUACGAGUCCUAUUGCUACGAGGAUAUUGCGAAAUCGUGGCUAAACCAAACGGAAGGAUAUACGGACUGCAGUUAUGUAUACGGCCAUAGUGCGGCUUCUGCCUACGUGGAUUACAACAAACUAGAAACUAAUUGGUGCAACGAUGCGAACGAUCAAUGGUUACAAAACGAGGAGGCGGCUGGCCAAGAAGUUCCAAGACAAACGACCAAGCUCCGAGCAACCAGCUCGAAUCGCAAGGAACGCACAGCCUUUUCAAAAACGCAGCUAACGCAGCUGGAAGCGGAGUUCUGCUAUUCCAACUACCUGACCCGCUUGCGCCGCUACGAGAUCGCAGUGGCACUGGAGUUGACCGAACGCCAGGUGAAGGUGUGGUUCCAAAACCGACGCAUGAAGUGCAAGCGCAUCAAACUGGAGGAACAGCAUGGCAGCGCAGCCAAAACGCAAUUUUAGUUUGUACAAGGACAUAUUUUAACACAAUUCAUCUUACAAAAUGUUUUCGGUUACUUAACAACUAUAGUAAAGGUAUUUUAAGCUACUACUUGGA